CCCCCCCCCCCGGCGGGGCGGAGAGGAGCGGCCGGAGUCUGAGCGAUGGUGCCCGGCGAGGAGAACCAGCUGGUCCCGAAGGAGGAUGUGUUUUGGAGAUGCAGACAAAAUAUCUUUGAUGAAAUGAAGAAGAAAUUUUUACAGAUAGAAAAUGCUGCUGAAGAACCUAGAGUCUUAUGUAUAAUACAAGAUACUACUAAUUCAAAGACAGUGAACGAACGGAUCGCUUUAAAUUUACCAGCAUCUACUCCAGUCAGAAAGCUCUUUGAAGAUGUAGCCAACAAAGUAGGCUACAUAAAUGGAACCUUUGAUUUGGUGUGGGGAAAUGGAAUCAAUACUGCUGAUAUGGCUCCACUGGAUCAUACCAGUGACAAGACACUUCUUGAUGCUAAUUUUGAGCCAGGAAAGAAGAACUUUCUGCAUUUGACAGAUAAAGAUGGUGAACAGCCACAAAUACUGCUGGAGGAUUCCAGUAAUGUAGAUGACACUGUUCAUGACAGGUUUGUUGGUCCACUUCCAAGAGAAGGUUCUCUGGGCUCCACCAGUGAUUAUGUCAGCCAAAGUUACUCCUACUCAUCUAUUUUGAAUAAGUCAGAAACUGGAUAUGUGGGACUAGUAAACCAGGCAAUGACUUGCUAUUUGAAUAGCCUUCUGCAAACACUUUUUAUGACUCCUGAAUUUAGGAAUGCAUUAUAUAAGUGGGAAUUUGAAGAAUCUGAAGAAGAUCCAGUGACAAGUAUUCCAUACCAACUUCAAAGGCUUUUUGUUUUGUUGCAAACCAGCAAAAAGAGAGCAAUCGAAACCACAGAUGUUACAAGGAGCUUUGGAUGGGAUAGUAGUGAGGCUUGGCAACAGCAUGAUGUGCAGGAACUAUGCCGAGUCAUGUUUGAUGCUCUGGAACAGAAAUGGAAGCAAACAGAGCAGGCUGAUCUUAUAAAUGAACUAUACCAAGGCAAGCUGAAAGACUACGUGAGGUGUCUGGAAUGUGGUUAUGAGGGCUGGAGAAUCGACACAUAUCUUGAUAUUCCAUUGGUCAUCCGACCUUAUGGGUCCAGCCAAGCAUUUGCUAGUGUGGAAGAAGCACUACAUGCAUUUAUUCAGCCAGAGAUCUUGGAUGGCCCAAAUCAGUACUUUUGUGAACGUUGUAAAAAGAAGUGUGAUGCUAGAAAGGGCCUCCGGUUUUUGCAUUUUCCUUAUCUGCUGACCUUACAGUUGAAAAGGUUUGAUUUUGAUUAUACAACCAUGCAUAGGAUUAAACUGAAUGAUCGAAUGACGUUUCCAGAGGAGCUAGAUAUGAGUAUAUUUAUUGAUGUUGAAGAUGAGAAAUCUCCUCAGACUGAAAGUUGCACUGACAGUGGAGCAGAAAAUGAAGGUAGCUGUCACAGUGACCAGAUGAGCAAUGACUUCUCCAAUGAUGAUGGGGUUGAUGAAGGAAUCUGCCUUGAGAACAACAGUGGAACCGAAAAGAUUUUAAAACCUGGACUUGAAAAGAAUUCCUUGAUGUAUGAACUCUUCUCUGUCAUGGUUCAUUCGGGAAGCGCUGCUGGUGGUCAUUAUUAUGCUUGCAUAAAGUCUUUCAGCGAUGAGCAGUGGUACAGCUUCAAUGAUCAGCACGUCAGCAGGAUAACACAAGAAGACAUUAAGAAAACACAUGGUGGAUCCUCAGGAAGCAGAGGAUAUUAUUCCAGUGCUUUUGCAAGCUCAACAAAUGCAUAUAUGCUGAUAUAUAGGCUGAAGGAUCCAACAAGAAAUGCAAAAUUUCUAGAAGUGGAUGAAUACCCUGAACAUAUUAAAAACUUGGUGCAGAGAGAGAGAGAACUGGAAGAACAAGAAAAGAGGCAACGAGAAAUUGAGCGUAAUACAUGCAAGAUAAAAUUAUUUUGUUUGCAUCCUGUGAAACAAGUAAUGAUGGAAAAUAAAUUGGAAGUUCAUAAGGAUAAGACAUUAAAGGAAGCAGUAGAAAUGGCUUAUAAGAUGAUGGAUUUAGAAGAGGUAAUACCUCUAGAUUGCUGUCGUCUUGUUAAAUAUGAUGAGUUUCAUGAUUACCUAGAACGAUCAUAUGAAGGGGAAGAAGAUACCCCAAUGGGACUUCUUCUAGGUGGGGUCAAAUCAACGUACAUGUUUGAUCUUCUGUUAGAGACAAGAAAGCCUGAUCAAGUUUUCCAGUCUUAUAAACCAGGAGAAGUGAUGGUGAAAGUUCAUGUUGUUGAUCUAAAGGCAGAAACUGUAGCUGCUCCUAUAACCGUUCGUGCUUACUUAAAUCAAACAGUUACAGAAUUCAAACAAUUGAUUUCAAAGGCCAUCCAUUUACCUGCUGAAACAAUGAGAAUAGUGCUGGAACGCUGCUAUAAUGAUUUGCGUCUCCUCGGUAUGCCCACUAAAACUCUGAAAGCUGAAGGUUUUUUUAGAAGUAACAAGGUGUUUGUUGAAAGUUCUGAGACUUUGGAUUACCAGAUGGCCUUUACAGAUUCUCAUUUAUGGAAACUCCUGGAUCGACAUGCAAAUACAAUCAGGUUAUUUGUUUUGCUACCUGAACAAUCCCCAGGAUCUUAUUCCAAAAGGACGGCAUACCAGAAAGCAGGAGGUGAUUCUGGUAAUGUGGAAGAUGAUUGUGAAAGAGAGAAAGGGAACCUAAAGUCUGUGGAAGCUAUUCUAGAAGAAAGCACUGAAAAACUCAAAAGCUUGUCACUGCAGCAACGGCAGGAUGGUGAUAAUGGGGACAGCAGCAAAAGCACAGAGACAAGUGACUUUGAAAACAUUGAAUCACCUCUCAAUGAGAGGGACUCUUCAGCAUCGGUGGAUAAUAGAGAACUUGAACAGCACAUUCAGACUUCUGACCCAGAAAAUUUUCAGUCUGAAGAGCGAUCAGACUCAGAUGUGAAUAAUGACAGGAGUACAAGUUCAGUGGACAGUGAUAUUCUUAGCUCUAGUCACAGCAGUGACACUCUGUGCAAUGCAGAUAAUGCUCACAUCCCUUUGGCUAAUGGACUUGAGUCUCACAGCAUCACAAGUAGUAGAAGAACUAAAGCAAAUGAAGGGAAAAAGGAGACGUGGGAUACGGCAGAAGAAGACUCGGGCACUGACAGUGAAUAUGACGAGAGUGGCAAGAGUAGGGGAGAAAUGCAGUACAUGUAUUUCAAAGCCGAGCCCUAUGCUGCAGAUGAAGGCUCUGGGGAAGGACAUAAAUGGUUGAUGGUGCAUGUUGAUAAAAGAAUUACUCUGGCAGCUUUCAAACAACACUUAGAGCCCUUUGUUGGAGUUCUGUCCUCUCACUUUAAGGUCUUUCGAGUGUAUGCCAGCAAUCAAGAGUUUGAGAGCGUCCGACUGAAUGAGACACUUUCAUCAUUUUCCGAUGACAAUAAGAUUACAAUUAGACUGGGGAGAGCACUUAAAAAAGGAGAAUACAGAGUUAAAGUGUACCAGCUGUUGGUCAACGAACAAGAGCCAUGCAAGUUUCUGCUCGAUGCUGUGUUCGCUAAAGGAAUGACUGUACGGCAAUCAAAAGAGGAAUUAAUUCCUCAACUCAGGGAGCAGUGUGGCUUAGAGCUCAGUAUUGACAGGUUUCGUCUAAGGAAAAAAACAUGGAAGAAUCCUGGCACUGUCUUCUUGGAUUAUCAUAUUUAUGAAGAAGAUAUUAAUAUUUCCAGCAACUGGGAAGUUUUCCUUGAAGUUCUUGAUGGCGUGGAGAAGAUGAAGUCCAUGUCACAGCUUGCUGUUUUAUCACGGCGGUGGAGGCCCUCGGAGAUGAAGUUGGAUCCCUUCCAGGAGGUUGUAUUGGAGAGCAGUAGUGUUGAUGAGUUGCGAGAGAAGCUUAGUGAAAUCAGUGGGAUUCCUCUGGAAGAUAUUGAAUUUGCCAAGGGUAGAGGAACUUUUCCCUGUGAUAUUUCUGUGCUUGAUAUUCAUCAGGAUUUGGACUGGAAUCCUAAAGUUUCUACCCUGAAUGUCUGGCCUCUUUAUAUCUGUGAUGACGGGGCGGUCAUAUUUUAUAGGGAUAAAACAGAAGAAGUAAUGGAGUUGACAGAUGAGCAAAGAAACGAACUGAUGAAAAAAGAAAGCAGCCGACUCCAGAAAACUGGGCAUCGUGUAACGUACUCACCUCGUAAAGAGAAAGCACUGAAAAUAUACCUGGACGGAGCCCCAAAUAAAGACCCGACGCAGGACUGACCGCUGAUGUAGCAUUUCCCUGGGGUGUUGUGGUUUUUAAUAGAUGGUUCACUACUGCUGUGUAGUGCCAUGGAGGUCGGACAUGGUUGGGGUAACCAGUGACACCAGCACUGAUUGGACUGCCCUCCGCCAAUCAGAAGCUCAGUGCCCAGUGGGCCACUGUUGUGACUUGGAAUCAUGUUGUGCACUAUAGUCAAAUGUACUGUAAGUGAAAAAGGGAUGUGCAAAAGAAAAUAAAAAAACAAAAACACAAAGCAAAGCCUGCUACUAGAAAAGGGGAAGGGGAAUGAGUAAGCUUCCUUUAUUGCAGACAAAUGUGCACAUAGCCGCUAGUAAAACUAGCCUCAAACAGGAUGCUCAUAGCUUAAUAAUAAAAGCUGUGCAAAGGCCAUGAAUGAAUGAAUUUUCUGUUUAUUUCACUGAUACACACAUUACCUCAUUGACAAUUCAGAAGUAAAUGCAGUGUAUAUUGACUCUUGGAAAGCAGCAAAAAUAGGAGCUGAAGAAAGAAAUUCUUAGAAGCAGCUGUAACCCAGAAUGAAUUGUGAAGUUGUGUUUUUAUUUUGUUUUGAUUUUAUGCAAGGAAUUAAGAGCAUAAUCCUGAAACAUCAAAACAUUUCCCUUUGACCACUCCCAGCAGGUGGCAGCUCAGAUUGCUUUGGUUUUGUAAUGAUAACUGGUUGUACUUAAGUUAUGGGUGUAGAGAGUAUGUUUCGCUCGUUCAUUUAGCAUGUAAAUAAAAUCAUCCUACUGAGUUACCAUAGUUGCAGUUCAGCUGUUUUCCAUGGUUAUUCUUUUCUCAUAUCUAUGUACAUUUGGGUACAUUGAGCAGUUUAGCAAACUAUGUAACUGUAUUCUCAGUGAGGUUCCUCAGUGCUGAGUCACAUAGGACUGUAUUUGCCCUUGUUAAUAAGGUUUUCUGUUCAGUGGCUUCACUUUUUUUUCUCUAUGUACAUUUAUUUUUGAAGAUUUACUUCCAGUUGGAAUCUUCUAGAAUUUGUAAGUCCUACUUUAAUUUUAGAGUCAAUUUGUACUUACAUGUAGUUUAACUUUGGGGAAACGUCUUAACAUCAUAUUGAAUAAACUUGCUAGUGAGGUCAGGUAUUGGUACAGACUGAUGUAGUCAACAUGAUUUCAGUGCAGUCUAUUAGAAUCAGCAAGUUUUUGCUUUGCUAAAUAAAACUAUAUAAUGAACACAAUUCUACACGAUUUUGAAAUACCAUCUAAUUUAUAAAAAUCAAUAAAAAGGUUUUGGUAAAACUUUAUCAUACCAGAUGCUGUUUACAACAAUGAACAUGCCAAUAAAACAUUUGUUCAUUCUGUUGUGUUAUUUUAGUCAUUAAACUUCUGUGGCUGGAGAAUCUGGGUUAAGAAUAGAUUUGUCAUUUUAAAUGUAACACUUUAUAACAUGUAUUGAAUAAUUUUCUCAUUUCUAAAGCUAUUUACAGUUCUCACGAAAGUUCUCACGAAAGAAGUGAAAAAAUGUUAAUAACUAACUUUGGGGGAUCCUGCCAGUGUUUCAGUAUCAUAUUUUUACCUUUUUUUUCCCUUUUACAAAAGAUAUAAUUAGAAAAGAGUAUUAGCAGAUGUUGGCUCUACAUGAAUAUAAUCACUGAGAAUUCCAUAAUGUCUUGAAAGUCUCUUUAAUCCACAAGGGAAAAAAUAUUUUCUAUGAUAUCUUUCUUGCGAAUUUUUAUUCCAUGUAACCUGUACUGUGUUCAGGUAAAUUUGAAGUAAUUUUCUGAGUUUGCAUUAGUGAGCUUAGGAUGUUCUCUGAAGAAAAUGUAAAGCAUUUGUGAUGAAGUAUCUUUAGAGUCACUUCAAUUUUGUGAUGUAAGGAGAUAGCAAAUCAAUUCUGACCCAGGCCUGCUGACUGGGAACAUGGGGCUUAAUAAAUAGGAUUUGUGCCUUCCAGGACUGGCUUCCUGGGAAGCAGAAAAGGCAGACUUGUAGGUAGAGUGGGGUUUGGGGUGGGUUUCACUUGAUAUUCUCCAAGAGUCAGUGGUAAAGUCCUUCUGCCCUUGCUCUGUGCCUUUUGCUCUGGUUUUAUUGUUUUGUGUUGUACUGCUGCUUCUGAAUUGCAGGCAUAUUUUAACUACCAAGAGUAGGAGACUAUAUUUCAUUAUAUAAACAAAAAGUUAAAAGUUUCUUGCUUUUCAGUGCCUGGUAGAAGAAAUGGAAACACAACAUCACACUUUAAUACAAAGAGGUGGUAAGUUCUUCAGAGUAACUUUGUAGGGGUAGGAAGAGUAGCUUCUCUGAGGUUACCUCCCCAGGCCUCGGAGAAUUAAGGGAGCGUCUAUAACCCCUGAGUGGCUGAAGUGUCAGGUAAGCUCAGGCCAUGGAGCCUGGUGAUCACUCAGCUCCUGAGGCUGAGGCAGACCACACACGGUGUUGUGAGGUCAUACAGAAGCUUUGGGGAGCUGUUCUGUGAGCAGAGGAGUUCAGAGGAGUUCACGUCAACCACGCACACCCUGUAAGAACUGAGACUGCAUUGCUGAGGCAGGUGCUGAGGUAAGAGGUGCAGUCUGGCUACAGAGCAGAGCUGCAGUUUCAGGGUCACGCCCUGUGCAUCUGCUCAGUACAAAAACCAGUUAUGGGUGUGCUUCUCAAACUAAAGAACUGUGUUGAUUUCUUGUAAUGGAAAUAACUUCACAACUCUGAGAAGAUAGAACCUAUGGUCCAGUUAGGGGGGGAAAAAAAAAGCGAAAGAGCCACUGGUUGCCAGCCACACUGUUAGGCAUGGUAUCGUGGUUCACCUGAGGCCAUGAGUGGGCGAGCUAUGGCUCAACGUGGUCUGGGCAUCACCGUCAUCGUGUUGUGUUGUUACUGAAUCUGGAAGUGACCUGUGAAUGUAUGGCAUACAAUAAAAUCUUAUGGUUCAUCUGCUACUA